AAAAUGGCAGCAGUGAAAACCCCCAGCAGAGAACUAAAAAAUGCUGAAGAACCAUUUAAUGAUGUAUCACCCCUCCUUUUGAAAAGCCUUGUGGAGGAGCCCAAGAAAAGAAAAGAAGUACCUAAUCACCUCCUAGAAUCAAAGGUUUAUGCAAAACUGAAGAAAAAUAAGGUCAUAGAGGCAAAACCUGGCAUAUUGCAUUUUGGAGGUUAUGAAAUAGAAAAACAACAUCAACAGAUUCUGCAUCUGGUCAAUGUUUCUAACGAAGACAUAAAUGUUCAUAUUAUACCCCCACAAACCAAAUACUUUCAGAUCAAGUAUGUGAAAAAGGAACACCGCCUGGUCCCUGGUCUAUCCCUCAUGGUCACCAUAACAUUUUCUCCUGAUGAGUGGCGAUACUACUACGACUGCAUCCGUGUUCACUGUAAGGGAGAUGACACUUUGCUUAUUCCCAUCCAUGCCUAUCCUGUUAUGAAUACGCUGGACUUCCCCUCAUUCAUAAAUCUUUCAAAUGUUCUACUUGGUGAAAGCAAAAAUUAUGUUAUUCCUUUGCAGUGCAGCUGUCCUGUAGAUUUUGAAUUUCAUAUCACUUUGAUUCAAUCUCAUCAAGCCUUUAUUGUUGAACCAACAUCAGGAAUAAUUCCGGCUAACGGAAAGGUGAAUGUGACUGUUAAGUUCACCCCCUUUCAGUAUGGGACUGCACAAAUAAAGGUGCAGCUCUGGAUCUCAGAGUUCAACUCGCAACCAUACGAAUGUGUCUUUACUGGAACCUGCUAUCCCAACACAGGCUUAACACCAAAAGAAUUUGAAAGAUUAACUACCCUUUCUAAAAAAGUAGACAUUCCUCCCGAAAAGGCAAUGUCACGUGUAAAUUUUCAUCAACUUCCAGUAAAGGCAAAGCCUCCACAACUCAAGGAAAUUGAGUAUCAGAACUUGAGGUUUCCAGUAAAUUUAUCAAAUCCAUUUGCUGUGGCAACUGUUUUAAACCAAGAACCAGGAAGACUGAAGAUUAAACAGUUAAGAGAAGUGUUGGACCAAGGCAAUGAGAUUUCAAAAACAAGACAGAUGAAGGAAGCGCUCUUUGAGCAAAAAGUCAGACAGGCCACUUACCAGGAGAUCGAAAAUCAUCUUAAGUGGCAGGUGCACCUUGGUAAAGAUCACAUAUCCUUAAAACUUCAAAAAGAUAUCCUUGAAGAGCGACAAAGAGCAGAUACCAAAUACAAGCAAGAUAGAGGGGAUCCUGUUUUGGAUGAGGAAUUUCAGCGACUCGAGGUGGAAGUUAACCACAAACGGGUCAUUCACAAUCUAAAUGAGAAAGUCAAAGAAUUUCAUCCUAAUUUUGAUCCACUCAUUAAUAAUACUUGGGUCAACAGGUUCAGGGCACAAAGAAGGUUUCAGCAAGCAGCACGCAAGAUUAUGAUCCAGCGACGAUUAUUUAAUAUGCUGAAUGCUGUUCGCAAAAUGGACAAAGAGGCCAUAAGGAGAAAUCUCAGUGAAGGAAAAGAAUCAAUAUCACAAGGUAAACAGACUGCCUGUAAAUUUGUGCCUCGGAUGAAUCAAGAUGAUUAUUCUGAUCAUUUCUCUGUAUCACCCAUGAAAAUCCUGCCCUUCACCUUCCCAUCUCACCUCACUACUCCAACUUCUGACGAGCUGGCUCCUGAUGGCCUUGGACCAGUCCCAAUUAAAGCUUUAGACCUUCAAAUCAAGCAGAGUUAUUCCUUCUUCAAUCUGCAGGUUCCUCAACUGUACAAAAUUAAGGGGUAUCAGCCCUUCUGCAUCCAGAAGGCUGCAAUGAGCGACAGGCCUCGGAAGCUCGCUCGAGCCCUGAAGCAAGGAGCUGAGGAUGAAGCCACCACCAUCAUAACCCUGCCAAAGCACGAAGCCACACCUCAGCUCCCUGGCAGCUCCUCCGUCUUGAGCAUGAAGCCCCCCGAAGCCUUAGCAGGGUCUCCAGACUAUGACCCACUUUAUAUUUUUAAUCCCAGCCCAGGAUUAUUUGCUGUGAUGCACCCUCUGACCUACGUAGAAACCUCAAUAAAUUACCAUCUGUGCCCGCACCCCAAGUACAAGUUCACCAAAGAGUCCCACAUUGGGUCCAGCAUUCCUCUCACCCAAAAGCCAUUUCUCCAUCACACGGACAUUAUUCCUGGAAUAAUGCACUGGAAGAGGUUCCAGCCCCUGGUUUUCUCAUCCCUACUCAGCAACUAUAAGAUAGAGGCCGCGCAGAGUUGUGAUUCUUACAAUGUAGCUAUGAUUCCUAUAGAUGUCCCUGCUGUUCUGAACGCCUUACCAGAAGAAGACAGAUUGGAAACCAUCGAACGUGAGCUGUGUGAACAGAAUGCAGAAAUUAUGUUGACUCCAGAAAUGAUAGCCGUGGAAUUCCCUAUGUUACAACCCAAGGAUACCACGAAAGAGAAAGAGGUGAAAGACCAAGCACAACAGGAAGAGAAGGUGGGAGAAAAGGUGCUUGAGGAGAUGAAGAAUCUGCGGAGCAAAGCUCUCAACUCGUACCUGAUUCUAGAAUAG